CGGUGCCCGGGCGUCUGUAGGAGUCGCUGCUGAAAGGCUUUGCAGAAGGGCCUGCUUGGGAGCAGUACUGGAGAGGGAGACAGCUGCAAGCAUAAGCAGUGGCCUGAAGAACGAACAGAAAGGUUCCAGUUUCCUUCUCUGAGACGGGUCCUUGGGAGCGCGGGCGCUGAUGUGCCUGUCUCCGUCCCAGAAGUAUGCCAGGCAGAUCAGAGAGAGAAUUGUUUUCCGUUAAAGAGAGAUGCUGGGCCAGGCGCUCCCAGGUGCCAGCUCAUGGCUUGAGGAGGUGCAGAGAAGCUACUGGGUGGUGAUGGUUCAAAGAACCAGCCAGGGGCAACGUCCUGGCUUCUUAAGGAUGAACUUCCUUGCUCAGAGCAAAGCGAGAGCGAAGACCAGCCUUCUCCUGGCCCAAAGGUCCGUUCUGCUGCCGGCCUGGACACCUGCCAUUUAGUGCUCAAGAUCUGGGAUCUGGAGUCCAGCCACAGGGCCUGAGUCUCCCCUGUCUUACGCUGAUUUGAUACCAGGGCAGCUCCACUGACUUCAGAUCAUGGCAGCUGACAGCAGCAUAAAGUCCGAGCGGUGGCUGCAGCUCCGGGCCUGAGGCAGGGACCAACCAGAAGGAAUGAUGUAGCAGAAUCUCCCUCUCUACCUUCCCCAGCCUGACCAUGUGGACGGAGCCAGGCAUGGUUGAGACCCUACGCGACACAGCCCCUCUUAAUUUCUCAGAGAGGAGGAGAAGAGCGAGGAAGAGGGAGAGAUUGAGACUGAAAGGCGGCCACCAGAGAGGCACCUGGCGGCUAACGUACUGAUCCCCAGCUGGUGCCGAUACAUGGGAGUGAUCUAUGGGCGUUAUUUCUGCGUAGAGCCCACGUCCUCUCCUAGCUCUGGGGGCAGAGUCCCCGACUGGUUCCUGGCACCUUUACGGAGCCAAAGAGCAAACAAGUGAACACAAAUCUCUCUGCCCAAGUGUGAGGCUGGUUUGAGUAGGGCCCUGGGGACAUUCGUUGUGGGCUCCAGCAGGACCCUCUCUCCAAGCAGCUGCAGAGCUCAGACAGAGCUGGGCCGUCAUGGGGACCCAGACGGGAGAGGACUGAUUGCCCGCGUCUCCUUGCCAUGAGUCCAUGUCAGAACAGCACAGCUGCUCCGAAAGGCAUGGGCUGCAAACCACAAACGGUGCUAAUUGGGAUCGUGCUCGCCGUGCUCAUUGUGGUCACCAUCUGCGGCAACGUGGUUGUCUGCCUGGCUGUCUCCUUCAACCGCAAGCUCCGCAGCCUGACAAACUGCUUCAUCGUCUCCUUGGCCAUCACCGACCUGCUGCUGGGCCUCCUGGUGCUGCCCUUCUCCGCCAUCUACGAGCUCACGCGCGAGUGGCACUUCGGCCCCACCUUGUGCAACAUCUACAUCAGCCUGGACGUCAUGCUGUGCACAGCCUCCAUCCUCAACCUCUUCGUGAUCAGCAUAGACCGGUACUACGCCAUCACAGCCCCGCUCCGCUACACCCAGCUGGUCACCCCUCUGCGGGUGGCCGUGGCCAUGUUCGUCAUAUGGGUGGUCUCGCUGAUGGUCUCCUUCCUGCCUAUCCACCUGGGCUGGAACACCAAUGGCACCGGCGUGCAGAACACGGGCUUGAACAACAGCUUGGUGUGCAAGCUGGCGGUCAACCCCGAGUAUGGGCUGGUGGAUGCCUUGCUCACCUUCUACCUUCCCUUGGUCGUUAUGUGCAUCACGUACUACCGCAUUUUCCGAAUAGCCAGGGAGCAGGCCAAGAGGAUCAGCCAUGCCACCUGCUGCAAGGCCGCUAGCCCUGCGCUGCUCACUGUGAAAGAGCACAAGGCCACAGUGACGCUAGCAGCCGUGCUGGGGGCUUUCAUCAUCUGCUGGUUCCCUUAUUUCACAGUGUUCACUUACCGAGGGAUGAAGGGGGACGAGGUGGAUGACACGUCCCAGUCCAUAGUUUUAUGGCUGGGUUAUGCCAACUCAGCCCUGAACCCCAUCCUGUACGCUGCUCUGAACAGGGACUUCCGGACAGCCUACCAGCGCCUGUUCCACUGUCGAAGGGUGGGGCCCCUCUCCAGGAGCACUGCCCCCCUCUCCACACAUCUGCCCCACUCCAGGGCGAGAGCCCACAAGCAAGCACGGUGCAUGCAGGAAGAAAAGCCUCUGAGGAUGCAGGUGCGGAAUGGGAAGGAGAACUCACUCACUCGAGAAGCCACGGAAAGGAGUCCCGCCCCAUCUGGCUCGUCCUCCUCCACCAUCCUGUCCUGCUGGAGAGGCCUCUGGCUGGCCAAGUUCCUUCCCAAGGGGGGCACGUGGAUCCCAGCGCGUGAGGAGCCGGCGACCGAGCUGCAGAAGAGGGUGAAGCCCCCAGCGCCCCCUAGGGUCAUUUACUGUGUCUUCUCCUGAGCCAGGAUGCAUGGCCCAGGCGAGUGCUGAAUGCCAUCAAUACCGGGCAAGCCUUGCUCAGGACCCAGAGACCCAGCCGAGCACCACGUCCAGCAUCUCGCUCUCCACGGGCAGAGCACUUUGGGGGGGUGUUUGCAAACCCAGGGACAUGGAUCUGUAACAUAAUCCACCCUUCUGUGUGGGCAUG